UUCAGCAGCAGCAAUGGUGACAUCUGUUUGGGAGGGGUGUUUUUUGGUUUUUGGUUUUUUGGUUUUGGGUUUUUUCUGAGACAUUGUGUAUUUUCCCCACUAGUAUGGGAAAUCAAAUGGUGGAAUAUGAGGGGGAAAUCUAAUACACAUUGUAAAAUCAAUAGACUUCCAAAAUUAUUUUCCUCCUUUCUGUACAUGUAUUCAGGAAAAGAAUGGGAGCCUGUCUUUUGUCUGCCUGCCUUUGCCAAAGUUCAGCAACAGAUUGUUCUGUUUGCAUUAGGAAAGGAAUUACGAGAGCAGCUCGAGCAGAGACUACAAGGAAUUCAAGAUGUAGGAUUUCACUGCUGUCUGCUGAUGUACAGUGACUGCAUGGAUGGGGAAGCUAAGAAACUGUUUAGAAAGUUCAUUUUUUCCAGGCUGAAACAGUUCCAAGGAACGUGGCUCGGCCGGAAAAGCGCUUGGCUUUGUCUGGGCACCGUCCGCGCUCAUCAGAACCACCACACGGUGACGCUGUCGAGUCGCAAAAGAAGGACACGCACCGAGCCCGACCCCCGGGCAGAGCCAAGCUGGAAACGUCCCUGCUCUCAGAUCAGCUGUGUCAGGUCAAAAAGAUUUCCCCAAUCCUCCCCUUCCAAGAGCACACCCUUCUUCGCACCACACUCAAAGAGCAACACAAUCUCCUUUGCCCUAACGAAGCUCUUCGCUCUCACAGAGUCUGGCCUCAACCUUGAAAACAUCUGGCAAAACCAGAGCUCAGUGAGGAAGCUGAGAAAGCUCUUGCUGCCUGCAACUUCAGUUGCACCCAUCGGUUAACUACAUCACACCUUGCUAUCAGCACUUUCCUUCUCAGCUCUAGGUACCAUCCUAAGCCUUCAGUAUCCCACAGUCAGGACCCAAACAGAAUGCUCACACACUAAAGGUCCUCGGACAAAAAAGUCAGCAGAAGCACCUGGGUCUGAUGGCACACUUCUCAUCCAGCAGAGGCCAGGACUUGGCCAAAUAAAAUAUCCUACAAGCAAGCUUAUUCAUGUCAGUUGUGCACAUUUUCUUAAAAUAAUACAUUUCUUGCAGAUAAUCACACAAGGUUAUGUGAAAGUUUCUAAGCAGCCAGUUUGGUGUGAAACAGCUGGCUGUAGUGUCUCAGUCAUCUAUUUUUAGGUAAAUAAUACUUAUGGUAUUAAGUCACAUAAUGCCCAGGUUGCAUCUUGUAAGUCAGCUCUGGCUGAGGCCUGAGCAUCAGCACAUCUGCGCCACUUGGUUUGUUCAGCCUGGAAAACUGGAGAUUGAAGGGGAGAUCUCAUUGAGGUCUCCAAUAUCCUCUUGAGGGGCAUUGGAGGGGCAGGUACUGAUCUCUUCACUCUCAUGACCAGUAACAAGGCCCAGGGGACUGGCUGGAGCUGUGUCAGGCAGGAUUAGGUGUUAGGUAUCAGAAGGUUCUUACCCCAAAGGCUGGUCAGGCACUGAACAGGCUCCCCAGGCAGUGGUCACAGUACCAAACCUGUCAGUAUUCAAGAACUGUUUGGACAACACUGAGGCACAGGGGCAAUUCUUGGUGUGUCCUCUACAGGGCCAGGAGUUGGACUUUGUGAUCGUGAUGGGUCCUUCAACUCAGGAUAUUGUGAUUCUCUGUGCACUGAAUGAUUAUCUCCAGCUGGUUUGCACUGGCAGUCAGAGCUUGUCUAUAAUUGCUUCCAAUUUAUUUCUGCAGUCAACCCCAGGGCAUUGACAGACUGAUCAAUCACAAAGGGUUUGAGGAAAAUGCCCCUUGUUAGGUGACAGUGUCCAAGGCCAGGUUGGAUGGGGCCCUGAGCAACCUGAUGUAGUGAGUGGCAUCCCUUCCUCUGGGAGAGAUGUGGGAACCAUCUGAUCUUGAAGGACCCUUUCAACCCAAGCCUUUCUGGAAUUCCAUGAAUAUUUUGUGGGUCACUCAGAACAGAUGAGCUCCACCCAACACUGAAAAAGUUGGCCUGCAUUCUAAAAAUAGAUUCCUCAAAAUACCUAUGAGACUUUAAGAUGGUGAAACCCCAGGAAAGAAACCAAACACCUUUUCAAAAUACCUGUAUUUAUUACACAAGUCCAAAGAGUUCACAUACUUCUUUUCCUUCUAGGUCGUCCCAAAUGUGACAAGGGCAAGACAAAAAUGUGUGUAUGUAUCCAAACAAAAGCACAAAAUCAAAUACAAAUCAAAGUCCAAUAAAGGUAUGUUCAUACAAAACUCACAUGGUCUUUAAAUGCAACAGAAGUGGCAUACACAGAUUAACAGGUACAAAAAGACAGAUGCAUAAAACAAAAGCUAGCUUUAUGUUUCUUGUGCCUGAUGAAAUGUAGAACAUCUCACUAGCAGUAACAGGGAGGGAAUACAACACAGCAGUGUUAAUUCAGAUUGCAGCUUUGAUUUACACAAUUUAGAUGGUAACAUUGCAGAAUAUCCUUUCUUUCAUAAAGAAAAAGUAUUUUUUAUUUUUCAUUAAAAAAUACCUUAUAAAAGCUGGAUCUUCUCAACCGUUACUGGAGAGCACUGCUGCUGUCAGUCGGUAUUAGUAUUCACAGCUUGAUUAAUCAAUUGCUAUUCUACAGUUCAGGCUACACCUGCAGUGAUUAUUUCAGUCAGUUCUGAGAGACAGUAACUCCUCUCUUACCUGAUCACCUUUCCAAAGGGCCCUUCAUGGCCAUUCCACAUUUCAGUGCUAAUGCUGACUGCAGCAUUAACACAGCAAGACAGAAAUAAGACAACCAAAGGGGAUUUUUUUAUUCUUCGGAUUUUUUUAAUUUUGCCUUUUUUCCACUUGAGGACGCUUUGGC